AUGGCGACCGCGGAAAGUCCUGCGGAAAAGAAGCGAAGCAGCACGAACAAGCAUGAAUCGACCACAUUACCUGCUAAGUUGGAUAAUAAGAAAAAGAAGCAUAAACCUAUGUCGCAACAACCAAAGUCACAGUCAUUUGAUGUCCUCCUUGAGGAGGACCCAGCAGUAUUGGUGGAGGCUCUGGAAACGAUAGCCGCUGAGCAGCCGAUAGUUGCUCGUAGUAUUCCGAAACACGCAAAGAUCACUAAACGAGAAGAUCGAAGCAUGCGAAAUUGUUUGUUUGAACAAGAGGUGUACGACUCCAUGUUAAUUGAUUCUCUGCGCGUAUGUGAUCUACUUCAAACACAUCUCGACGAGUGUAUCACGUCGGUUCGGGCAAAGAGCCCAGAAAAUUGCCACGAUACUUCGCAGGAUGGGCGAGAUUCUGGGCGAGGAGCAUCAUCAGCUUCAUCAACAAUUUCCAGUAGCCCUGGCACGAAACGACCACUGAAAUCGUGCAUACGUGCAGAUCUCUGA